AAGAGCAAAGCUGGUGUGGGAGGAGCAGUUUUAGAUUGGCAGAAGACAAGGGAUCCCAGAAGGCUUGUACUGAGGGAGAUGCGAGCCAGCCAACAGCUUUUUUCAUUCAUGAAGAUGCAAUUCAGCGCCGACACUUGGUGUUUUCUGCGGGUGUAGCCCAGCUGAGUUAAUUCAACCAGUGUCACGGAGCGCUAUGCGCUCAACUGGAGCCGUUCACAUGUGUGCAAACCAUAAGUGCAAACUUGUGGCUUUGAUCUGAACACUGCUGGACACUGUUCAAUUCAACUUUCCUUAUGGGAUUGUGCUGGGCGAGUAUGAAGAGCGCUGUCAGAAGCUGGAAGUGGCGGUCAGCUGUGUCUCGACAGGCGUUAUAGGAGUCUUCAUUCAGAAGGAUGCUGGUGGGAAAUGCCUGCAGACAGAGAGGAUGAGAUUUGUGGAAAGGCGCUGGAGCUUCUGUCCGAUCUGUGCUCGAGAGGAGAGGUGCAAGAUAAAAACUGCCUGGAUUUCACCUACUAUUUCCGCGAUCUCGGGAGACCGAGAUAUUCGGACUCUGAUGUGUCUGUGAGUCUGCUGUCCCUCUUGGUGACCACAUGUGGCCUGGCGCUGUUUGCCGUCUCCCUGUUCGUGUCAUGGAAGUUGUUUUGGGUGCCAUGGCGAGAUCGCUUCUUGCCCGGCCUAAAGGACCAGCAGGGCGAGCAGCAGCCGGUCCUGACCGAGGUGGAGGGCCUGGAGCGUGAAUACAGCGAGGACUUCAAGAAGGAUCCCAAUGCGCCAACGGUGCUCCCAGAGUCAGCAAUGAAGAUCAGCCACACAUCCCCGGACAUCCACCUGGAGGCCCAGACUAAGGCCAAGGAGCUCAACCACAUCCACAUAGCUCGCGUACAGCGACAAGUCACCGAACCGACCUCAUCUGUCAGGCACAACUCCAUCCGGAGACAGAUGAACGUCUCCAACCCCGAUUUCAACUUGGCCCAGUUCCAGAGACAGGAGUCCAUAACUGGUCCAGGUUUGGGUCGCAUCAAGCCUGAGCUCUACAAACAGCGGUCGGUGGACGCGGACGACGGCAGACGAGCGGACAGCUGCGGCCGCUUGCACUUCAUCCUUAAAUACGACUGUGACUUGGAGCAGCUCAUCGUGAAGAUCCACAAAGCCCAAGAUCUACCUGCCAAGGACUUUACGGGAACGUCCGACCCAUACGUGAAGAUUUACCUGUUGCCAGAACGCAAAACCAAGCAUCAAACCAAGGUGCACCGCAAGACUCUGAACCCCAUCUUUGAUGAGGUUUUCCUGUUUCCUGUGGAGUAUGCUGAGCUUCCCACGCGCAAGCUCCAUUUUAGCGUCUAUGACUUCGACCGCUUCUCGCGCCAUGACGUCAUUGGUCAAGUGGUGGUGGACAACUUCUUGGAUCUACCUGACUUUCCACAGGAAACCAAGCUCUGCAGGGAUAUCCUUUAUGUUAGUGCGGAUAAUGUGGAUCUGGGAGAUCUGAUGUUUUCUCUUUGUUACUUGCCAACUGCCGGCCGACUGACAAUAACCAUAAUUAAAGCCAGAAAUCUUAAAGCCAUGGACAUCACAGGAGCGUCUGAUCCUUAUGUAAAGGUUUCUCUAAUGUGUGACGGCCGGAGACUGAAGAAAAGGAAAACAUCAACGAAAAGGAACACUCUCAAUCCGGUCUACAAUGAAGCUAUUGUUUUUGAUGUUCCACCUGAGAACAUCGACCAAAUAAGUCUUUUAAUAGCAGUAAUGGACUAUGACCGCGUAGGUCACAAUGAGGUUAUUGGCGUGUGUCAUGUGGGAAACCGAGCUCAGAGUUUGGGACGCGAUCACUGGAAUGAGAUGCUCACGUACCCACGCAAACCCAUCGCCCGCUGGCAUCCGCUUGUAGAGUGGGUUGGUCAGAGCACGGCCGGCGGGAGCCAAGGCUCCUAUAAUUCCCUGAGGACACCUCCUUCUCCGUAAUGGAUGCCGUCAAAUUUCAGCCAUGGAGACACCCGGCAUGUUCCAGUUCACAACUUUAAUGAAAAGGAAGGAGCGAGAGAGGUUCUGUUAAAGGGCACUUUAAAUGUGUGCGCACACUCAAUGCAGUAAACACCCAGGACUCUUUAGCCGUAAGGUUUCCUGGAUAGAAGACUAGUGUCAGGUCCACUGCAUGUGAAGUGACCGUGUGUGAGCAGUAUUUGGUUAUAAAACGAGCCUUGAACGUUGUUCUGCUUUUGUUGAAAACUUUAGUUGAGAGGUAAGUAUUUUUGACAUUGUCAUGUUUUAUGUAUCUGUAUAACACAUUGUAAUACACUAAUAUUGUUUGAAGUGUAGUGC